CUGGAGUUGCUCUCCCAACCGACCAGCGUCUGUGGAGAAGCGGCUUGUCCUGUGAUAAUCUCGUGGGUCCCGCCGGUUUAGUCUCUUGCAGGGUUCUCGAGCCUUUUCACGACCGUCACCAUGGAGGUGUCACCACUGCAGCCUGUAAACGAAAAUAUGCAAAUGAACAAAACAAAGAAAAAUGAAGAUGCUAAGAAAAGACUAUCUAUUGAAAGAAUCUAUCAAAAGAAAACGCAAUUGGAACAUAUUCUGCUCCGUCCGGACACCUAUAUUGGCUCUGUGGAAUUAGUGACCCAGCAAAUGUGGGUUUAUGAUGAAGAUAUUGGCAUGAAUUUCAGGGAAGUCACUUUUGUUCCUGGUUUGUACAAAAUCUUUGAUGAAAUUCUAGUCAAUGCUGCAGACAAUAAACAAAGGGAUCCAAAAAUGUCUUGUAUUAGAGUCACAAUUGACCCGGAAAACAAUUUAAUUAGUAUAUGGAAUAAUGGGAAAGGUAUUCCUGUUGUUGAACACAAAGUUGAGAAGGUAUAUGUUCCAGCUCUCAUCUUUGGACAGCUCCUAACUUCCAGUAACUAUGAUGAUGAUGAAAAGAAAGUAACAGGUGGUCGAAAUGGCUAUGGAGCCAAAUUGUGUAACAUAUUCAGUACCAAGUUUACUGUGGAAACAGCCACUAAAGAAUACAAGAAAAUGUUCAAACAGACAUGGAUGGAUAACAUGGGGAGAGCUAGUGAGAUGGUACUCAAACCCUUUAGUGGAGAAGAUUAUACAUGUGUUACCUUCCAGCCUGAUUUGUCUAAGUUUAAAAUGCAAAGCCUAGACAAAGAUAUUGUUGCACUAAUGGUUAGAAGAGCAUAUGAUAUUGCUGGAUCCACUAAAGAUGUCAAAGUCUUUCUCAAUGGAAAUAAGCUUCCAGUGAAAGGAUUCCGUAGUUAUGUGGAUAUGUAUUUGAAGGAUAAAGUAGAUGAAACUGGUAAUCCGUUGAAAAUAAUCCAUGAACAAGUAAACCACAGGUGGGAAGUGUGUUUAACAAUGAGUGAAAAAGGCUUUCAGCAAAUUAGCUUUGUCAACAGCAUCGCUACUUCCAAGGGUGGCAGACAUGUUGAUUAUGUAACGGAUCAGAUUGUGACUAAACUUAUUGAAGUUGUGAAGAAGAAGAACAAGGGUGGCGUUGCGGUAAAGGCACAUCAGGUGAAAAAUCACGUGUGGAUUUUUGUGAAUGCCUUAAUUGAAAACCCAACCUUUGACUCUCAGACGAAAGAAAACAUGACUUUACAAGUCAAGAACUUUGGAUCCACAUGCCAAUUAAGUGAAAAAUUCAUCAAAGCUGCAGUGGGCUGUGGUAUUGUAGAAAGCAUACUAAACUGGGUGAAGUUCAAGGCUCAAGCCCAAUUAAACAAGAAGUGUUCAUCUGUAAAACAUAACAGAAUCAAGGGAAUUCCCAAACUGGAUGAUGCCAAUGAUGCAGGGGGCCGAAACUCCACUGAGUGUACGCUUAUCUUGACUGAGGGAGACUCAGCUAAAACUUUGGCUGUUUCAGGCCUUGGUGUGGUUGGGAGAGACAAAUAUGGGGUUUUCCCUCUUAGAGGAAAAAUACUCAAUGUUCGAGAAGCUUCUCAUAAACAGAUAAUGGAAAAUGCUGAAAUUAACAAUAUCAUCAAGAUUGUGGGUCUUCAGUACAAGAAAAACUAUGAAGAUGAAGAUUCAUUGAAGAGUCUUCGUUAUGGGAAGAUAAUGAUUAUGACAGAUCAGGACCAAGACGGUUCUCAUAUCAAAGGCUUGCUGAUUAAUUUUAUCCAUCACAACUGGCCCUCUCUUCUGCGACAUCGUUUUCUGGAGGAAUUUAUCACUCCCAUUGUAAAGGUGUCUAAAAACAAGCAAGAAAUCGCAUUCUAUAGUCUUCCUGAAUUUGAAGAAUGGAAGUGUUCUACACCGAAUCAUAAAAAAUGGAAAGUCAAGUAUUACAAAGGUUUGGGCACCAGCACAUCAAAAGAAGCUAAGGAGUACUUUGCAGAUAUGAAAAGACAUCGUAUCCGAUUCAAAUAUUCUGGUCCUGAAGAUGAUGCUGCAAUCAGCCUGGCCUUUAGCAAAAAACAGAUAGAUGAUCGAAAGGAAUGGUUAACUCAUUUCAUGGAGGAUAGAAGACAACGGAAGUUAUGUGGCCUUCCUGAGGAUUACUUGUAUGGGCAAGCUACCACUUAUCUGACAUACAAUGACUUCAUAAACAAGGAACUUAUCCUGUUUUCAAAUUCUGAUAAUGAGAGAUCUAUCCCAUCUAUGGUGGAUGGUUUGAAACCAGGUCAGAGAAAGGUUUUGUUUACGUGUUUCAAACGGAAUGACAAGCGGGAGGUGAAGGUUGCCCAGUUAGCUGGGUCAGUGGCUGAGAUGUCCUCUUAUCAUCAUGGUGAGAUGUCAUUAAUGAUGACCAUUAUCAAUUUGGCCCAAAAUUUUGUGGGUAGCAAUAACCUGAACCUCUUGCAGCCCAUUGGUCAGUUUGGUACCAGGCUGCAUGGUGGCAAGGAUUCUGCUAGUCCUCGAUACAUCUUCACAAUGCUCAGCUCUUUGGCCCGGUUGUUAUUUCCACCACAAGAUGAUCACACAUUAAAGUUCUUAUAUGAUGAUAACCAACGAGUAGAGCCUGAAUGGUACAUUCCUAUUAUACCCAUGGUGCUGGUAAAUGGCGCUGAAGGAAUCGGUACUGGGUGGUCCUGCAAAAUCCCCAACUAUGAUAUUCGUGAAAUUGUGAAUAAUAUCAGGCGUUUGAUGGAUGGAGAAGAACCUUUGCCGAUGCUGCCGAGUUACAAGAACUUCAAGGGUACUAUUGAAGAGCUGGCUGCAAAUCAAUAUGUGAUUAGUGGUGAAGUGGCUAUUCUUAAUUCCACAACCAUUGAAAUCUCAGAGCUUCCCGUCAGAACAUGGACCCAGACAUAUAAAGAACAGGUUCUAGAACCCAUGUUGAAUGGCACUGAGAAGACACCUCCUCUAAUAACGGAUUACAGGGAAUACCAUACAGAUACCACUGUGAAGUUUAUUGUGAAGAUGACUGAAGAAAAACUGGCAGAGGCCGAGAGAGUGGGACUACACAAAGUCUUCAAACUCCAAACUAGUCUCACGUGCAACUCUAUGGUGCUUUUUGACCACGUAGGCUGUUUAAAGAAAUACGACACAGUGUUGGAUAUUCUAAGAGAGUUCUUUGAACUCAGGCUUAAAUAUUAUGGAUUAAGAAAAGAAUGGCUUCUAGGAAUGAUUGGCGCUGAAUCUGCUAAACUGAACAAUCAGGCUCGCUUUAUCUUAGAGAAAAUCGAUGGCAAAAUAGUCAUUGAAAACAAGCCUAAGAAAGAAUUAAUUAAAGUUCUGAUUCAGAGGGGAUAUGAUUCGGACCCUGUAAAGGCUUGGAAAGAAGCCCAGCAAAAGGUUCCAGAUGAAGAAGAAAAUGGAGAGAGCGACAAUGAAAAGGAAACUGAGAAAAGUGACUCUGUAACUGGACCAACGUUCAACUACCUUCUUGAUAUGCCUCUUUGGUAUCUCACCAAGGAAAAGAAAGAUGAACUGUGCAAACUGAAAAAUGAAAAAGAGCAAGAGCUAGAAAUAUUAAAGAGAAAGAGUCCAUCAGAUUUGUGGAAAGAAGACUUGGCUGCUUUUGUUGAAGAGCUGGAGGCUGUUGAAGCCAAGGAAAAACAAGAUGACCAAAUGGGACCUCCUGGGAAAGGGGGGAAAGGAAAGGGGAAAAAACAAAUGGCUGAAGUUUUGCCUUCUCCAAGUGGAAAACGAGUUAUCCCCCGAGUUACCAUAGAGAUGAAAGCAGAGGCAGAAAAGAAAAUUAGAAGGAAAAUUAAGAAUGAAAAUACUGAAGGAACCUCUCAAGAGAAUGGUAUGGAACCAGAAGGCCUAAAACAAAGAUUAGAGAAGAAACUGAAAAGUGAACCAGGUACCAAGACAAAGAAACAAACUACAUUGCCAUUUAAACCAAUCAAAAAAGGAAAGCAGAGAAACCCUAACCCUUGGUCUGAUUCAGAAUCAGAAGCGAGCAGUAAAGAAAAUGAUUUUGAUGUCUCUCCACGAGAAACAGAGCCACAGAAAGCAGCAGGUACCAAGAAAAAGAAACAAACUACAUUGCUGCUUAAACCAAUCCAAAAAAGAAAGCAGAGACACCCUUGGUCUGAUUCAGAGUCAGAUGUGAGCAGUAAUGAAAAUGAUUUUGAUGUCGCUCCAAGAGAAACAGAGCCACGGAGAGCAGCAGCAAAAAAUAAAGUCAUAAUUGAUUUGGAUUCGGAUGAAGAUUUCUCAGAUUUUGAUAAAGAAAGUAAAGAGGAAGAUUUUGUCCUAUCGGAUGCCAGUUCAAUUAAGACCAAGACUUCCCCAAAACGUCCUAACAAAGAACAGAUGCCGCAGAAGAGAGCCACAGCAGAAAUAGACCUUGGUGCUGGUGAUGCCCAGGACGACGUUCCACUUUCUCCAAGCUCUUCUGCUGCUGAUUUCCCAGAUGAAACGGAAAUUAUAAAACCUGUUUCGAAGAAAAACGUGGCGGUGAAGAAGAGGGCGGCAAAAGGUCAGUCUUCCACCUCCACAACAGGUGCCAAAAAAAGGGCUGCACCAAAAGGAACCAAGAAGGAUCCAGGCUUGAAUUCUGAUGCCCCUCAAAAGCCUGAUUCCCCCAAAACCAAGAAUCGCCGCAAAAGGAAGCCAUCCACGUCUGAUGAUUCCGACUCUAAUUUUGAGAAAAUGAUUUCUAAAGCAGUCACAAGCAAGAAAUCCAAGGGGGACAGUGAUGACCUCCAUCUGGACUUAGACUCUCCUGUGGCUCCUCGGGCAAAAUCUGGACGGGCAAAGAAACCCAUAAAGUACCUCGAAGAAUCAGAUGAAGACGAUCUGUUUUAAAAUGUGAGGUGACUAUUUUAAGUAAUGGUCUUAUUGAGCCCAUGACUGGUUUUAAAGUUACCUGAAUCUCUUAAUUUCCUCCCCUUUGAAUUUGGUUUGGGGAAAGUAGUUUUAAUCUAGAACCAUCAAAGUGAAGUGUGUAGAAAGAGAGCCCAGAGUCUCUUAUUAUAAUACGCUCUGAAUGGAGACCCAUCCUAUGGGCGUGUCUUUUUUCUCUGCUUUGUCUGUUUUCAAUCCAUUAUUAACUUCUUCUGGACCCUAGAGAUAGUUGUGUGGUCACUUCAGCAUAAUGUAGUUUGUUUAUGGGCCAUACAUUAAGCUAACAUUGGAGCGCUUUGAUAUAAAAGUGUCUACUGUGCCUCCUUUCCUACUUUCAUAAAUAUGUGAUAGAGCAUGAUUAAUUCUCUAUUUUAUCUUAGUUGUAUAGGUAAUUUUCCACCAGCUAGAACUUUAUAGUUUUAGUACAGAUACUCCCCACUCAGCCUUGUAUGUGCUGAAUUUUUUUUCAAGCAAUGAGAAAUGGCUCAUAUUCUCCAUAUCCUUUAGAAUAUCAGCAGAGGCUAAAGAAAAACACCCUGGCUGUGUCUAUAUAACCUCAACUCAGUCAAAUAGGAUGAAGAAAAUUAGACCAUAAGUUAUGUGACUAUGUCAACUUUUGACUUGUCCCCUCUGGCUGCCUGUGAGUCUGAAUUUCCCAAAGAACAAAUUUCUAGGGAGCACUGGAUUUUAAAGACCUUUCUGCAUUUUACAUGUGUGUGGCUGACUGGUGUUGUUCAUGUUUUUGUAAAUAUUUACUAUGUUUUUCUAUUUAGCAUAAUUCCAACAAUUUUGUACUUUAAUAAAACGUUCUAAACAUUGCAA